GUAUCGAAAGCAAAAAUGGCUGCCGAUUCGCUUGCCUCGUUGCUGACCUCGUCGAAAGCGCUCACGUCGCACCUGUCUCGGCCAGAUCUCCCACAACUCAACCUUUCUCUAGAUCAAAUUGAGGCCCAGUCACGACGACUCGUUUCUCGUCAACCCGGAGCUGCGACAGAUUCUGGACGCGCAAAUUACCUGCUCGCACAAGCACAUGUUGAUGCCCCAGCACUAGCAAACGCCAUAACCCAACUGAACACAUCAACGACUUUCUCUCCACUACGACCUCUCCAAGACACCGACAUUGCAAGCUACCUCCGCCAUGCGCACGAACAAAACAUCAUAUCCACGAUCGAAGAGGCGCGGCGAGAGACUCAGGAAGACUUCUACCGCGUGCUGGAGGAUCGGUCAAGGCAAGACUGGGAGACAAGAAAGAAGAGGGUCUUCGAGGAGCUUGGAGGACGCGUCGGUGGUGAUAACCCGGCCGUGGCACAGUACAGGAAGAGUCAUUCGGGCAAGAGCGCAUUUGCAAUGAGCACAGGCCCCAGCCCAAGCCUCCAAAUGCAAAGUAAAAUGAUGGCCUACGACCGCCCCAUCACCGAGUUGAACCAAGCCCGCCUCCGUGGCGUCUCCUACCCAAUCAUCCACGCCCUCCUCCAUUCCUCUCUUGCUCUCCACCCAGACCGCACGAACCCAAUGUCCCAGCUCUUCCACCUCCUCUCCAAAAUCACCUCUGAACCCCCCUCCAUCCCCCCUCUCUCCCACUCCUCCGCCCACAUCCUCAACGCACCCCUUUUCGAGCGCAAACACGCCCGCGCCUACCUCAACGACCCCUCCUCCCGCGACGCCCUCGACCUCCGGCGUCAAAUCGCCAAAGGCUCCCGCGAAGCCCUCGAAGAGCAAUACUUCGACGUCCUCGAACGCACCGUGCACUCCCGCCCCACCGAGGCCAGGCUCGGUGGCGACCCGAGCGUCUCAAAUAAGGUCCGCGCUUUCCUGUUGGUCCGGUUCUAUAGGGGCGGGGAGUGGCAGGAGAGGAUCGAGCUGGUGGCGGGCCAGCCGUUGUGGGCGAAGUUGUUUUAUUUGGUGAGGACGGGGUACGGGGAUGAGGCGUUGAGGGAGGCGGUGCAGCAUCAGGCUGCUAUUGAACAUAGGGAGGAUAGCUUUGUGAUGCAUUUUAGGACGUGGAUCGAGUCGCCUGAUAGACGGCUACCGAAACCUCACCGAGACCAUAUCCAAUCGAUUUACAAUGCCCAUCUCCUCCACUCCUCCACCGUCGACCCGUUCAAACUCGCCCUCUACAAACUCAUGGGCCGUCUCGACCCCUCACGCAGAUCCGUCCCCCUCGUCACCGCAACGACCGAAGACUGGCUCUGGUUCCAGCUUUCGAUGCUGGACGAAGAUGAGGAAGGAUCGGGAUUGAACUCGUUGGGCGAGGUAUUGAUGGGGUACGGAGAGAGGUAUUUCGAAGGUGGGGGGGCGAGUGCGGGGGCGGAGGGACAGGCCCAGGCGAAGGGCAGGACAGGGUUGUGGGCGAGUGUCUUGUUGAUGACCGGACAGUUCGAAAGGGCUGUCGCUGCGCUCUGGGACCAUCCAGAAACGGAGAUCGAGGCGGUCCAUAUGGCUAUCGCUCUCUCAUAUCACGGCCUCCUCCGUGUUCCUUCUCGAACGGACACCGCAGAACUAACACUCUCCUUCCUCCCCAACGGCCAAGUGGCACUCAACCUCCCCACGCUCAUCUGGCGCUACGUUCGCCAAUUCGUCAAAAUGGACGGCAAAGAAGCGCUCCAAUACGUCUACACCGUCACGCUGAACGCCGAUCAACCUGGCGUAGGCGAGGAGCAGGUCGAGCAGGCAUGGGAGAUGGUCCGGCGGAUCAUCACCCUUGCAAAUGCAGGACCUGCGUGGGACGAACUCGUCGGUGGGUUCAGGACCGACGGUAAUAAAUUCAGCGGCGUGAUCGAACACUUCGCCCCACUUCUCAAACUCCCCUCCGCCGAAUCCUUCAACGCCCAAAUCCUCAUCCCCGCCGCUCAACACUCCUCCUCCUCUGACCGGCCCCUCGAGGCCAUCAAGCUCUACAACCUCGCGGGCGACUACGACACCGUCGUCGCGUGUCUCGCACAGGCGCUCGGUGCGUCCAUCGGGCAGCCGAACGCGGGGGGCGAGAGAGGGAAGGCGGUGGAGGGGACGGCGAGGGAGAUUGUGAGGCAUUAUGUGAGGAUGAAUAGGGGGGCGGGACAGUGUAGGGAGGCGGUGGAGAAACUGUUGAAGAUUAGGGAGGCGAUGGGGUAUAAAGAGGAGGGGAGGGUGGAUUUGGCGUUGGAGCUCCUGGAGAGUACGGAGAUCGUCACGCUCGACGGCGAUGUCGGCAAGAUCAACAAGAAAGCGGACGAGUUCAAGAACCAGCACGAGUCUCUCCAGAGGAAUAUCGAGAUGUUCUUGCCGCUCGUUAUGGACUGUGUCGUCUCGGUAUACCGCAAGAUCAAGACGUCGAACGCACCGGAUUCGGCGCGACAGGCGACGUUAGCUACUUUGAGGAAGAAAUCGAAAUCGGUGAUCAUGUUCGCUGGCUUCUUGAAGUACAGGCUGUCGCCGGAUGUGUAUAAUUAUCUAGCGAGGCUGGAUGUUGAGGUUUCGUUGUAGUUUUCUCUGUUGUUUGUUAUGGUGAUGAUCCACUUUCUGUUUGGCG